GGACUGCAUGAAAAUGGGAGAAGUGGAUGGCAAAAAGAUUGGCUGCACUGUUAGCCUUUUGAAUUUUUACAAGACUGAACUGAACAAGGAAGAGAUGUAUAUUCGCUAUAUUCAUAAGCUGUAUGACCUACAUUUGAAAGCACAAAACUUCACAGAGGCUGCCUACACACUCCUGCUGUACGAUGAGCUGUUGGAGUGGUCGGAUCGGCCACUGAGAGAAUUUCUCAACUACCCCAUGCAGACAGAGUGGCAACGUAAAGAGUGUCUCCAUCUGACCAUCAUUCAAAACUUUGAUAGAGGAAAGUGUUGGGAAAAUGGCAUUAUCUUAUGCAGGAAAAUUGCAGAACAGUAUGAGAGCUACUAUGACUACAGAAACCUCAGCAAGAUGAGGAUGAUGGAAGCAUCUUUGUAUGAUAAAAUUAUGGAUCAACAGCGUUUGGAGCCAGAAUUUUUCAGAGUUGGAUUCUAUGGGAAAAAGUUCCCAUUCUUCUUGAGAAAUAAGGAAUUUGUUUGCCGAGGACAUGACUAUGAAAGGCUGGAGGCCUUCCAGCAGCGAAUGUUGAAUGAGUUCCCACAUGCCAUUGCUAUGCAACAUGCUAAUCAGCCAGAUGAGACCAUCUUUCAGGCAGAAGCACAGUAUUUGCAGAUUUAUGCAGUGACACCAAUUCCAGAAAACCAGGAAGUCCUGCAGAGUUUUUGCAUUCCUGAUAACAUCAAGAGCUUUUAUAAAGUAAAUCACAUCUGGCGAUUCCGAUAUGACAGGCCAUUCCACAAAGGGACCAAGGACAAGGAAAAUGAGUUCAAGAGUCUAUGGGUGGAGAGAACCACACUGAUCUUGGUGCAGAGUUUACCUGGAAUAUCUCGUUGGUUUGAAGUGGAAAAACGUGAAGUAGUGGAAAUGAGUCCCCUUGAGAAUGCUAUUGAAGUCUUAGAAAAUAAGAACCAGCAGCUGAGAACACUGAUUAGUCAGUGUCAAACUCGACAGAUGCAAAAUAUUAACCCUCUCACAAUGUGUCUAAAUGGGGUUAUUGAUGCAGCAGUUAAUGGUGGAGUUGCUAGAUACCAAGAGGCAUUCUUUGUCAAAGAAUACAUCUUGAACCAUCCAGAGGAUGGAGAGAAGAUCACACGCUUGAGAGAGCUGAUGCUCGAGCAGGCUCAGAUUCUAGAGUUUGGCUUGGCAGUGCACGAGAAGGUGGUGCCACAGGACAUGAGGCCAUUGCACAAAAAGCUGGUGGAUCAGUUCUUUGUGAUGAAGUCAAGCUUGGGAAUUCAGGAAUUUUCUGCCUGUGUACAAGCUAGUCCUGUUCAUUUCCCAAAUGGAAGUCCUCGUGUAUGCCGAAAUUCCAUACCUGUUUCUAUGAGCCCUGAUGGUGCCAGGGUAAUACCACGACGCAGUCCUUUGAGUUACCCAGCUGUCAAUCGAUAUUCAUCCUCAUCACUGUCAUCCCAAGCUUCUGCUGAAGUCAGCAAUAUCACUGGGCAAUCAGAAAGCUCUGACGAAGUUUUUAACAUGCAGCCUAGUCCGUCUACCUCAAGCCUGAGUUCUACUCAUUCUGCUUCACCUAAUGUGACCAGUUCUGCUCCAUCCAGUGCCAGAGCCUCUCCUCUGUUGUCUGACAAACAUAAGCAUUCCCGAGAAAACUCUUGCCUGUCCCCUAGAGAGAGGCCCUGCAGUGCUAUCUACCCUACUCCUCUGGAAAACUCACAGACUGCAAACUCUUGCUUUGUCAAGUGGAAUGUGACUUCUAUCCCCUACUCUACCUGUGAUUCGAUAAGGGAGGCUGAGGAGCUCGUAGGCCCAGUCUCUACUCUCUCUGAGGCUCGCCCAGCAGGAAAAUCUCCCAGUCUGUCUCUAUCCUCAGUGUCCCAAGAGAGGAGAAUGCUGUUUAAUCAUAUUGGAGAUGGUGCUUUGCCACGAAGUGAUUCCAAUCUGCCCGGCCCUGACAAAGCUGCUAACACCACGCCCAGCAGCUGGAGCCUGGACAGUGGGAAGGAAGCCAGAAACACAUCAGAAAGUGGAAAGCUUAUAUCUCCUCCUGUACCACCAAGACCUGCACAGACUGCAUCACCAGCAAGACACAUAGCCUCUGUUUCCCCUUCUCCUGCCGGCAGAUCGCCAAUGAAGGGGUCUGUGCAGUCAUUCACACCAUCUCCAGUGGAGUAUCAUUCCUCGGGGCUCAUAUCCAACUCCCCGGUGCUGUCAGGGAGUUACAGCAGCGGCAUCUCUUCGCUCAGCCGAUGUAGCACAUCAGAGACGUCGGGCUUUGAAAGCCAAGGCAGCGAGCCAACAGUGACUGUCCCAAGCUACAGCGUUUCUGAGGAGCCUGUGAGAAAAGAGAGUAAAACCCCACCACCUUACAGCGUCUAUGAGCGGACUUUGAAACGCCCCGUUCCUCUACCUCACAGCCUCUCCAUCCCACCCGCCGCUGACCCACCGGCGCUGCCACCCAAGCCACAGCUGGUCCGGCCAAACAAUCUGGAGAACAGCAGCAGGAGGACUGAGCAGGUUCCCCGGCCCAGGCCUCUGCCCCGCAAAGUCUCUCAGCUAUGA